AUGAGGAUUGGUCCCAUAUUAUGUUGGUUAAUCAGGACUCCUAUAGUUUAUACGUAUAAACCUUAUCCUUCCAGUAUAAAAUUGAGAGCAAAUAUUAAAAUGGAGGGAGAAAGUGAUAAUCUUGGUGAAGUUAAGCCAAAAUUUAUCGAUAUCGGGGCAAAUCUAACCGAUUCUCGUUAUCAAGGAUAUUAUAACGGUUCUUUAAAACACAAUCCUGAUCUCAUUAGUGUAUUGGAGAGAUCUAAGAGCGUUGGAAUGGAAAAGAUAAUAAUUACUGCUGGGUGUUUGGAAGAAGUUCAUGAAGCUUUGGACUUGUGCAAUACUUAUGAUAAGGAGUGUAAAUAUUUGUUUACCACAGUUGGUGUACAUCCAACACGUUGCAAUGAAUUUAUUAAAAAUAAAUAUAAUAAGAGCGAAACUGAGUAUUUGGAGGCUCUCGAUAACUUAAUUACUCAGAAUAGGAAUAGAGUUGUAGCAAUUGGAGAAUUAGGACUUGAUUAUGACCGUUUAAACUUUUGUAAUAAACAAACACAAAACAAGUAUUUUGAGUAUCAAUUGGAAUUAUCAAGAAGGCAUAAAUUGCCUUUAUUUUUACAUAUGAGGCAAGCAACAACUGAUACUAUGGGUAUAUCAUUCAUAUCUAUUCUAGUCCUAAAUACUUUAGAUAUAAAAGUAUUAUAUAUACUGAGAAGAAAUAGAGACAAAUGGGAGUCAGGUGUGGUCCAUAGUUUCACCUCAGACUUGAACUCUCUUGAAACUGUGCUAAAGGAAGACCUGUUCAUCGGUAUUAAUGGUUGUUCCCUCAAAACAGAAUCUAACCUACAAAGUGUAAAACAUGUUCCUCUGAACAAACUACUUUUAGAAACAGAUUCACCAUGGUGUGGUAUUAAGAAUACACAUUCCAGCAGUCAAUAUGUAAAGACUAGAUUUAAUACAGUAAAGAGACCAGAGCAAAUGACACCAGAAACUGUUUUCACAAUGAGAACUGAACCCUGCCAUAUACUAAAUGUAGCAGAAGUUGUACAUCAGCUAAUUGAUCCAAACAUGGACUUUAUAAAAUUUACCAACGAGUAUGUCCCUGCUUGGGUAUAUAGCUUAGGAAAUAUUAGAGAUUACAUCAAUUGUUGUUUUUAG